UGAAAGAGAGUAAGAAAAGCUGUGUAUGCCCGAGUCUCUCUUCCUCAAAGAAACCUCUUUGACAUCACUUCUACUCCUACUUUCACUUCUACUUCUACUACUUGAGCUUCAGGCGGCAUUUUCAUUUCGAGUAGAUACUAGAAGGGUUUAGAUUGAUUACACAAUGAUCAAGCGGUUACCAAGUAGAAACCAAAGAUCUAAAGGAGUCAGGGUAAAACAUGUUCUGCAGAUCUGUCUGCUGCUUGGUGUUUGCUUUUGGUUAAUCUACCAAGUCAAGCAUUCCCAUGAUAAGAAGAGGGAAUUUGAUGAGAAAGACUCAAAAGCCUCAGUUAAAGCACAAAGUGAUAAUGAGAUUUUGAAACUGGGGAGGAAGGACCUCCCUAAAUUGCAGGAAGUAGAUAAGAAUGAGAAGCAUGAGGAAGAAGAGGAAGAUGCUGUGGAGGAGGAAGAGAAUAAGCCCGAGGAAGAACAAAAAGAAAUAAGAAUGCAUGUAGAAGAGGAUCAAGAAGAAGCAAAGCAUGAAGAAGAAGAGCAGGAAGACGAAGAGAACAAGCAUGAAGAUGAAAGGCAAGGAGCAAACAAGCAAGAAGAAGAAGCUGGUAAGCAUGAAGAAGAGGAGCAAGAAGAAGAAACUAAGACUGAAGAGGAGAGAAGAGGAGGUGAAGAUGAAGAGACAGAUGAACAAGAUCAAGAAAGAACAGAAUCUGAGGGUGAUCGUGAGGACGAAUUUUUAGAUGAAGAGAAAGAGAGGGAAGGAGAUGGUGAUGAUAAAGAGAAUGAAGGAGAGGUUGAUGGUAAAGAGAGUGAAGAUGAGGGUGAUGAUAAAGAGAUUGAAGAGAAAGACAAUCAAGUAGAAAAUGAGAAUUCAUCCGAUGAUCAUGAUAAUGAUGGUGAUACAAACGCUCAUGUGGCAAGAGAAGAACAUUAUAAGGCGGACGAUGCUUCUAGUGCUGUGUCGCAUGAUAACCAAAUUACAAUCACUGAGACUGAUAAAGGAAGUUUGGAAAAUUCAAACGAGAAGGAGAGGAAUAUUUUAGAAAAUGGGAGUAAAACAAAUAAUAUUGAGGAAAGUAAUGGGAUUCAAAACAGUACGGAGUUAAAAUCUGGAGAAGGUGAAAUGGCUGAAAGUGGUAGUCUGUUGAAUGUAAUUACUACUGAAGAAAAGGAUCAUGGCACUAGAUCAAACAACCCUGAUAUUAGCUUGCAUUCAAAUGCAAGAACUAAUUUGACUGAAACAGGUACAGAAACAAGCAACAAUUCAACUGGAUUGAGUACCCAAAUUUCUGCUUAUUCUCUGAAGAGUGAAACAGAGACUACAGUGGUUUCAAAUCAAGCUCAAAAUGCAGCAGUCGAUGGUGCAACUAACUUAGAAGCCAUUAACUUUCAAAUCACUGUAUUGCAACAAGUCAACAACUCUAACACAAUUUCGGACGGGAAUCAAUCUAAUUCUAAUUCCAGUGUUUCUACUGAAACCAUAAAUGCAGAUGCAGCCUUGGGAAAUUCCUUUAAUAAUUCAAACCUCGCUUUAUCAGAAAAAAUCAUGAGCUCAAAUGCAACAGUAGUUGGAAAGGUCAGCUCUGGGUCUUUAGCAACAAAGGAGACGACUGAUGCUGCUCAGAAUGAAACAUUAAAUAGUGGCGGUGAAUCUGGUGGAACAAAUGAAACCUCACAGUCUUCCUCGACGGACAGGACCGGAGAUGCACAUAGUGACAGUGAAACAAAUAUAAGCACAAAUGGAACUGGGGAUGCGCAUGUUAAGCAUGAAGACAACGGAUCAAGUGAAACAAAUGAAAGCAUGAGUGGGACUGUGGAUGUGGCUAAAGAGGACCACAUUGAUUCUUCAGAUUUCUCUAUUAUCCAUGAUGAGAAAGAGUCUCUGAUAGAUCUGGAAACGUUGUCUGAUAUCAGAACAAAUGUGGAUCACAAUGAAGAUGCUGCAUCAGAAUAGAAAUUCUGAUGAAAUCUUUUGGCUUUUUGUUGGUGCUCGAAAGUGUUAGUUGUUUCUCACUUGGUUUCAAUACAGAAAAAGGUAACGUUUUCAGAGUGCUGCUUUACUGAAUUGAUCCAUGUUAGAGAAUACAGUGCCAACUCUGCAGGCAAAGAGUGUAGGCAGGUCUUAUUGUGGCGAGUUUUUGACUGUAUAAUUUAUGUCAACUUCUUAUGAUAGCCUUGUAUAGUUUUUUAUUCAUGCUUCUGUUAGUUC